ACACCUGGGCACUCAGGUCUUGGUCCCAAGCUGUGAUCAGUCUAAAGGAGCAGACACGUGUACUCAUCAGUGAGUUGCCUUUUUUUCUCCUCCUGGACCUCCUGCAGAUUGUCCCAGCACAGGUGGGGAGGGACGUGCACCUUCCCAGCUGGAUGUUUCUUGGGGUGCCCCGAGAGCCAGGAGAGCAGGCGGGGAUUCUCUGUCCUGUGGCUGCUUUGGCAGGAAGAUGAUGGAUUCUCAGGAGUGUGUCAGCCAGGGGAAGCCCAGCCUGCCCUUCUCCAUUGAGGAAAUCCUAAAGAAACCUUCUGUCAACACCACCCUAAGCAGGGUAACCAGGAACAGAAGUAUCUACGCUGAGAGACCACUGGCUGUAAAAGCUGAGUCACCACUGGCCUGUGAUUCUAGCCGGAGGACUCAGUUAGACUGUGACUUGCCUUCAGCCAAAAUGCUUCUCCCUGGCACAUGUGCUACACCCAUGGUGAAGGCAAAGAAAGUACAGGCAGCUCACUGCAGCAGACCUACUAACAGCUCAGCUUCCCUCCUGGGUGUGAAUGCAGGGUGUGAACAUCAGGAAGGCAAAAGAAAACAUGAGGAAGAAGAUCAACUAUGUGAUUUCCCAACGGAUCAUCCACUUCAUGUUGAGAGGAAAGGGAAAAGGAGAAUCCGGACAACAUUCACAGCUGAGCAGCUCCAGGAACUGGAGAAGAUUUUCCAAGUGACUCACUACCCAGAUGUCCAUAUUCGCAAUCAACUGGCAGCAAAGAUAAACCUCCCAGAAGCCAGAGUUCAGAUCUGGUUCCAGAACCAGCGAGCAAAAUGGAGGAAACAUGAAAAAUUUGGCAACUUUGGUGGCCUUCAGCGUCUGACAGAAGUUGACUUUGUUCCUGCUCCCAAGUCAGAUGUCACAGCUCCUAGCUUGAUGCCAAGAAAACUCACUGCUACCAUCCCUGCCAUGGGAUACUACUCACCUCUGCAAGGCCAGCUGACAACUACCUGGCUGCCCAGCUCACUCUCCUUUGUCCCCCACCACUCGGAGUUACUGCCCUUCCCCAAACCAUACUUGCUUUUCAAUGUCACCCCCCCUUAUGGCACACCUCUACCCCACAAGCUGGAAAGGAGCAGUAUCUGCGCCAGCUCCACAUAGAGGAGGACACAGGGGAGUGGCAGUGACUUUGGGGGUCACGCUUUGCUCACCCAAUACAGUUUUGGGGGUGUGCAGAUCCUCUCUUUGAAGAAGCCUGCCUGGAUGAAGGUGGUCUGCAGUGCAAGGUCAGCAUGCUGAAGGAGUGCUACCAUGAGUCACGACAGCUCAUCAAACAUGGAUGGCAGCCACCAUGGACCAGGAGAGAGCUCCCCAUAUGCCUAGGGAGAAGCAUGCUCAGUAGAAACCCAAUUGCUCAACUGAGAGCCUGAGGGGACAGUGCACCAAACAGCCCUACGAAAGGACUGGUGUUUGACAAAGCCCUGAGACAAUGCUGGAUGAGAUACUCUUGGGCUGGUGGCUUGGAGCAGGCAGGAUGCCUACAAUAGCCCCACGGUCCAGCCAAAGGGGUUUUCCUCCACAGGUUUAGGUCUCUUUCCUCACACAUUCUAGUCCUCGUGCUGGGGAGUGCAAAGAACAUUUUUAGGUCAAAAAGCAAACGUUCAAGAUAAUUUUUCUUUUCCGACUAGGGGAUGAGGGGGGUGGGUUUGAUUUGCUGUCUGUGCUUAUGAUUUAAUAAAGGGGCACAAAUGCAAUUUGGGCUGAAAUACGGAAAUCUGAGAGGGGUAGCAAUGCUGAGCUCUGGAUUUGGUACCUUGAGUCUCUUGGGGCAAAAGAAUUCUUCAGCUAGUUAAUUA